CCUUAGGGAACCUCAGGCGAGCUGCGAGGCGAGGCAGUCAGUCGCUCUCAGCUAUGACAUGCAUAACGCAUGAGAGCUAGCCGAAUCUCUCCUUCAGUCCGUCUAUCUUUCUCUAUUUACUGUUUUUUCUCUCUCUCUCAUUUUCCCUCGGCUCUUAGUUUUUUUUUUUCCCCCCGUGGGUGUUUUCGGUAACCAAAAAGAAAAAAAUAAAAACACAUUUCCGGUUUUACAGUGCUUCAAGGAGUUACAGUGUUUUUUUUUUUUUUUUAACCCCCAAACAAGGAUCGUGCAAAAAAGUGCGUGUGUAAUUUGUGUUUUAAUCAUGUCAGUUCAAAUGUGUCGGACAGUGUAAACCAUACGGGAAUUUUGGAGGAACUUGAACAAUUGGUGAUACAAAAAAAGGAAGCUUUUUUUUUCAACCCUAAAAAAGGAGGGUAUUUAAUGUGUGCCUGGUGGCACGAAACUACCUCAAGGAGGUAUUUUUAGUUAAAGUGUAAGGAAGUAGAUGGCCGCUACCACGUACAUGCCGGUUAGUAGUGCAGUAUCUUCAGACCUGGAUGGUGGUUCAGGUUCCACGAUCGGAAUGAACAUCGCCGUUGGUGGCUAUUCGUCGGGUUCACCCCGCAGUGCAGCCGACGCUGGGGAAAUGAAAUAUAUGCCCGCGCCACAACAUCAUCAUCACCAUCAUCAUCAUCAUCAGGUGAAUUCAUCACCGUCGCCAAAUGGAUUAUCACAUUCGGCAGCGAGUCUCUCGUCUGCAAAUCCAUGGGUACCCGAUCCAUGGGCAGCAUCAAUGGGUAUGCAUCAUACCACCCAUCAUCCACAUCAUCAUCCACAUCAAGCAAAUUUGGAUGUUAAACCAUUAACAGCCGCCGCAACAGCUACCGAUCAGGGUAUGCAUCAUCGUGGACCCCAUCAAUCACCUGGUAUGGCAUCGCCACAUUCUUGGCAUGCACCAGUUGUACCAUCAGCACAUUAUAAUCCAACUGGUGGCGCAGCAUCGCCAACAACCCUUCAACAAUCCGUCUAUCAUGCGGCAAUGAAUGGUAUGCUCCAUCAACAUCCCCAUCAGCAUCCACAUCAAUUACACAAUCAUCAAGCCGGUUUGCCUCAUCAUUUACGUGACGCCCACAAUCAUAGUCCACCAUCGGGACAUCCUUUACAUCCCGGACAUCCAUUGGAUAGGGAUCAUAGUGCCGGCGAGGAGGAUACACCAACAUCCGAUGAUCUCGAAGCCUUUGCCAAACAAUUUAAGCAAAGGAGAAUUAAACUUGGUUUCACUCAAGCCGAUGUUGGCCUCGCACUUGGUACUCUUUAUGGCAAUGUUUUCUCCCAAACGACGAUAUGUAGGUUUGAGGCAUUACAAUUGAGUUUUAAAAAUAUGUGUAAACUAAAACCACUAUUACAAAAAUGGUUAGAGGAGGCUGAUUCAUCAACGGGUUCGCCGACAAAUAUUGAUAAAAUUGCCGCACAAGGUAGAAAACGAAAAAAGAGAACAUCAAUUGAAGUUUCGGUUAAGGGUGCAUUGGAACAACAUUUUCAUAAACAACCAAAACCAUCAGCACAGGAAAUAACGAGUUUGGCUGAUAGUUUACAACUUGAAAAAGAAGUUGUUAGAGUUUGGUUUUGUAAUCGACGGCAAAAGGAGAAACGUAUGACACCACCAAAUACACUUGGCGACGGUAUGAUGGAGGGUCUACCGCCAGGUCAUCAAAGUCAAGGUGGUCUUCAUCAGGGUUAUCAUCCGCAGGAUCAUUUACAUGGUUCGCCAAUGGGCCACAGUCAUAGUCCACCAAUGCUUAGUCCUCAGGGUCUCACGGCACAUUCAUUAGCGGCUCACUAGCGUUCGCCGGGGCCUCCCCCAUUGGGCCUCGUCACAACCCAAGGAAAUUCAUCAGGAACACCUGAAUCAGUGCUACCACCAUUCUAUCAUCAUUAUUUACAAGCGCGCACCAGCAGCUAUUCAAAUUCGUAGCUCUACUAUAAGGAUUAUACUUGGGAUUAAUCACGAGGAACAAAAAUCCGGGUCUGCAAAACCCGGGGGAGGCUUUCCUUAUUUUUGCCACGAAAAAAAAAGGAGGAAAAAAAAAUUCCCAAACUCGUUAAAACCUCAGUGUCUUAAUUCUACCGUCGGAUAUUCCUUUCACUGCGUGUUUUCAACGAGUUUAAAAAUUUUUUUUUUUUUUUCUUUUUUUUCCAAAUGAACAAUUGUUAUUUAAAGGACUUUAAUGCAGGACAGAAAAAACAAAAAAAUAUAUAUUAUAUUAUAAAUAAAUGAAAAAAACAAAUAUAUAUUGGAAUCGCGUUUUUAGGAGAGAAAAGUGGUUUUCGUCGGGCGAUUUUUUUUUGCUUGAAGCAAAUAUUGGAAAAAAAAAAACCAAACCCGUGAAAACGAAUGAUGUAACAUAAAAGUAAAUAUGAACUGUAAAUAAUGUACCACAGAUUUAAAAAGUAAAAAAAAACAUAAAUUUUUUUUUUUUUUUUUGCUAGUUUAAGUGAGCGACGUCGCGCGCGUCUCAAAAACAAAGUCUUUGCGAUGCAAAAAAAAAAGGGGAGGAUAGUGCGCGAUUAAAAAAAUGUAAAAAUCGAAUUUUCAAAGAAAUUUCCAAAAAUCAAGAAUCGGUUGUUGUAACAGAAAAAUGGUUGUUGAAUGAUUUCUUUAAAGAAAAAAAAAUGUACGAAAAGAGAAUAAUUGUUAAACGAUUUUUUUUUUUUUUUUUUUUUUUUUAAAGGAGAACGAUUUUCAAAAAACGAUUUUUAAAAAACUAUUUUAAAAACAGAAAACGAUUAUAAAAAAAAACUGAUUUUAAAAACUACGAUUUUAAAAACGAGAACGAUUUAAAUAAAAAAACGGUUGUUCCACGAAAUGUUUUAAAAAAAAGAGAUGGGGAAAAAAAAUUUUGUUUCGAAAAAAAAAAAAUGCAAGAGACGUGCGAUUCUUGAACAUCGAGUCCCCUCAUGAAAAAUCCCUUCUGUAUAAAGAUUGAUUCUUGAAGGAAAUUUUUUGGGACUUUUCUCAACAAAAAAUAAAAAAUAAAGAACGAGAGAGGAAAUAUUCGGCGCAGCUGCCAACCUAUCAUCCCGUGUGAAUGUGCAUAUUAAUACUUAGAACUAACAUUUACUAUAUGUUAAAUCUACGAUUAAAGGCUGUAGCAAGUGGGUUACUAUGAUUAAGACACUAUUUUAUGUA